GUUACUGCGAACCUAAAGGCGUAGUGUUUCUGUAUAGUUUGUGCCUGAGGGUUAGUGUUCUGUGCUGCGUCUAUCUAAAUAAACUUUUACUGACAUUUUAGUGCUAUUUUACGAAAGGACUUUAUCAUUUAUAAGCUAAUUUAUUUAUUGUGUACUAGGUUAUAUAUUUCGGCAGGACGAUUUCUUUAGAUUAAGUGUAUUUAAAUUUUUAGUUCUAAAAUGUAUUUUAAGUGUUGCAUUCCCAAUUGUGCAAGUAAAAGAGAAGAGGCUAAGUUACAUAAGUUUCCGUCUGCCGAAGACCAAAGAAACAAGUGGCUGGAAUUCAUAAACUGUGACAAUCUUAAAAGAAUGCAUUCCAGUAACCUUGUCAAGAUGCUGGUUUGUCACAAACAUUUUGAAAAAAAGUUUCAUACUGCUAAAUCUGGGAUUAAGAUGACAGCUUAUCCAACACUAUUUUCUUUGGAAGAAAUUGAGUCAGGUUUCUCAUCACGGUCAAACAAUGAGCAAGAGAAUGUACUUGUUGAUCACACAUAUACACGUAAGAGGCACUAUGACCACACAUACUACAAAAUAGAACAGCAUUCACCUUUACAAAAGGCUCAAGACCCCCUUAUUGAUUUGACUAACAUACCAUCAACAUCCUUUGCUCCACUGUCACAUUUGGACAAUCUGGGAAAUGUAUCUGAUUUUACUGAUAUACCUUCAACAUCCUUUGCUCCACAGUCACAUUUGGACAAUCUGGGAAAUGUAUCUGAUUUUACUGAUAUACCUUCAACAUCCUUUGCUCCACUGUCACAUUUGGACAAUCUGGGAAAUGUAUCUGGUAAUUUUUUAAUUAUUUUCUACUUUAUUUUCAUAGUGUUCAUUAGAAUAUUUGUUUCUUCAAACAAUUAAAUUUUCACUUAAAAUAUGUAAAAUAGUUGUAUAAAUCUGUGCUUACAAAGUUUUUCUAUUUCUUCUUUGUAAUUUUGUUAGAAAUCGGCAAGAUUUCAUGUCAGUCAUGAAACUGACACUAAAUUAUUAAAAUAUGACUUAAAUUUGAAAGAAAAUUUUAAUCAAAUUAUAAAAAAUUUUUAUGUUUACAGAUUUUACUGAUAUACCAUCAACAUCCUUUGCUCCACAGUCACAUUUGGACAAUCUGGGAAAUGUAUCUGGUAAUUUUUUAAUUACUUUCUACUUUAUUUUCAGUGUUCAUUAGAAUAUUUGUUUCUACCACCAAUUAAAUUUGCACUUAAAAUAUGUAAAAUAGUUGUGUAAAUCUUUGCUUACAAAGUUUUUCUAUUUCUUCUUUGUAAUUUUGUUAGAAAUCGGCAAGAUUUUAUGUCAGUCAUGAAACUGACAUUAAAUUAAUGUGUUAAAAUAUCACUUUUAAAUUUGAAAGAAAAUUUUAAUCAAAUUAUAUGCCUAAAAUAUGGGUUAACAUUUUAAUAAAUAAAAGUUAUAUAUAUUCAUCUUCAGAAAUUUUUAAAUACAUCAAACAAAAGAUAACAUAUAAGACUUACAAAAAAUAUGUUCAUUGCCGCGACCGCACCACGGAUGUGUGGAUUUGGACUAAAUCGAAACAAUGAAAAUUAUUCUGUUCCAUUCUUAGUUUUUUAUUCAAAGUAUAAUCUACAAGUUUUAUUAAGGAAAAUUACUAUGUUAAUAAUGAUGUUUUUUCUUGUUUAGGUGAAUUAAUUUCAACAACACCUAAAAAGGUGGUCAAGAAGAGGCUUGUACAAAAGUUUUCUAAACUUUCUCCUCAGUACAAGCUUCUAUACAGUAAAUUUAAAAAGUCGAAAAGGCAAUUAAAUUAUAAUGUACGGGUCAGGAGGGCACUAGCUCUUUCAAAAGAUCAUACUUUUGAAAAAAUGACUGGCAAAAUGAAUCCACUUGCAAAGAAGUUUUUCUAUAUGCAAAUAAAGAUGUGCAUGAAAAAGAAAAAAGGCAGAAGGUUUUCAUUGGAAGAAAAGUUGAUUGCUUUAUCUAUUAUGAAGCAAAGUCCCAAAGCUUAUAGAUUUCUUCAGAAAAUGUUUAUCCUACCUUCGAACACAACUUUAAAGAAAAUGAUUACAGAAUUAGAUGUAAAAGCAGGGAUAUAGUGGGUAGGUGCUCAAAAAGUUAACACACGUUUAUGUGAUUGAAUUUAUUGUAUUUAGUGUAAAAAGUAUUUCCCUUGCAUAAUUUAAUGUCAAAGUAAUAACAUAGUGAAUAUACCUGCCGGUGACUGUGUCAAUACCAUAUUAUCUAAAGGCAAUUUUCAAAUUACGGUGAUCUACUUACAUAAAAUGACUAACAUUAUCGAUAUUUCUGAAACACAAAAAGCAAUAGAAGCUACACUUUGAAAAAGAAUGGAUGACUUUGAGCAACAACUUGGCACUGCCUCAACCAAAUCAGAAAAUCUUGUUCAAAUUAAUAAAGAAUUUAAUGCUUUUCGCGACUAUGUUCAGGAGAUCUUCAAGCUAAUGCGACAGCAAAUUCACGAGGUGAGCCAGUUAGCCGAUUCAUUGGAAAUGAGACACCGAAAUAAAUACCUUAUCCUUAGUGGAGUACCUGAAAAGGCUGAUGAGAAUACUGCUGGUAUUGUUACAACAAUAUUAAAAAACAACCUUGGUCUCAACGAUAUUACAGCCUCGUCCUUCAAAGUUGUACACGGACUUGGAUCGGCAUCUACGGGCCAUAGUAGGCCUGUACUUUUUAGACUUAUUGAUUCUUCCCUCCGCUAUACUGUUUGGAAUAAAAAGGCUUCAAGGGCACACCCUAUGUACUAUCUGAAUUCCUAACUAAAUAACGCCAAGCUGUAUUUAUAGAAGCUCGCAAACUUUUCGGUAUGCGUAACAUUUGGACGCUGGAUGGGAACAUCACGAUUAAACUGCCAGAUGGAAACCGGCAUAAAGUGAUGACUUCAGAAGAUCUUAAAAAGUUUGUUCGUGGUAAGGAUUCGGAUCCGGUCGUCCAGUUGGUGUCAGGUGACAAUGCAGCUCGGGCAUCAGGAAAGUCUGAACUGGCACAUACCAGACGUGCUGGUAAGAUCAAGUAAUGUGAUUUCUUUUUGUGUAAUCUCUGUAGUGAAAUCUCAUCUCAAUCAUAAUUAUAUAACUAGUAAACUAAUCGCAAUUAAGUUGUUUAUAUAAAUGAAGAUACAAUUUACUCAGGCCCUAGUGUCAUUCCACUAUAUUAUGUUUAAUUUUCUAUACUUACAGUCUUAUUCAUAAAAAUCCCUUAAAAUGGCGUUAAAAUGCUCAUUAGUACUAUUAAACCUAUUAUAAAAUUCAGUAUUCAUAAACGUUUUAUAAACCUGUCAUAGUUAACCACUCAAGACUUUGACGUCGUUUUGAUCGUAUUUAUAAAUACUUCAGUUUUAUUAUGUUGUCAUUCUGAUGAAUCCAUAGACUAGCGACGGUGAAAAAAAAAGUUUGACAGCAAUUGUGACAUUCACGUCAAAUUAAGCGCGUUGUUUUCUUAUAUCGGUUCAAGAAAUUGAUUUGAGUUAUAUUUUUUACUCAAUAGUAAUGGAAAACAGUACAAGUAAAAAGCGGCAAAGAAGCGAAAUUGGCGAUUGGCUGGAGGAAGAUAAGGUUAGUACGUAACUAAAGUAAUUUUCUUCAUAUGUGCUCAGUGCACAAGUGUUAGUUCACUGUGUUGUAAUAUUCAAAUUUUAUAAAUGUCUCCUCUAGGUCGAAGUUUCGUGCUUUCCUUCCUUCAUUUGCCAUUCGGGCUUGAUGGACCUCUUUCCUACACUCAAUUUCAGUAUUGGCUAUACUUGCUGGUCUGAAAUAAAAAUAGUUAUGUUUGAGUAUUUUAAAAAAAAUCAAAGCUACAAUUUCAUAAAUUAACAUAAUCCCUAUUUUAUAUUUUCUUCCAGGUUUCUUAGGUGUAAACAGUGGUUUGGUGGUGAGCCAGUAGCUACAACCUGCAGCAAUGAAAACCGUUAAAAGAAACUUGUUUACAUUAACUUAAUCUUAAAUGUUUCAUCAAAUAAAAUUCAAGUUUAAAUAGACAAUUUCAUUUUAUUCAAGUAAUACUUUUAUCCCUAAACUUUACAAUCCACAUACUGGGAUAUAACUGAUUCCAUGGCUUUAACAAUAUCAGAAUUACAAAUCUUUUAAUUCUUACUUAAUUUACAACUUUUCACAUAUUUACCUCUUGUGUAUUUUGGACGUCCUGAAGUAUUUCUACUGUGACUCCUUUACUGUACUCAUUGUGUCCUACAACAGUAAAAUAAGAUAAAAUUAAAAUUAGAUAUAAAAAAUAUAAAAAUGACUUGCUAUCUCAAUACAUUAUUGAUACUUACAAUAUCUGAAGUCUUGUUUUCAAUGAUGACAAGUUUAAUUAUCUCAUCCACUUUGAUCUCAUUUUGCGAUGGCUCCCCAAUCUACAAACAAUGCAAUAAAUAAUUCAAUUACUAAUGAACUAUAUUAUGUAAGUAUGAAUUUUUUUUUUGAUAACAAUAUCAUUAAGUAAACUUUAGUAGGUAUUUAGGCAGAAAAGGAACAACAAUGUUUAUCAAAUGAAAGUUUGCACUAGGUAGAGAUAAAAUUUGCAACUUUUAACUUAGAAUCUUGACAUACAUAAUACCAGAUUUAUUUCAUCAGAAUCAAAUUCAUUUGUGUCAAUGACAAAUUCGUUAGGGAGCCAUGAACAGAUGUCAUCUGCAUUUUUGGGGUUUGUUGUUGGAGGUGGACCCACCACCAGUCUGGAGAAGGUUCUUACGUUCAACAGACUUAAUUUUCUUUUUUUAAUUUUAAUAAUGCUCUAUUUGGAUUUUAUUUGUGGGAGGGUCCUAGUGCCACCUUUGCACAUACUGUUGAAACUGG